GUUUAUUCCUUUUAGCAACUUCUAGUAGUAGAUUAAUUUUACCAUUGCUUGAUUGUAACUUUGGCCAAUAAUUUUUUUAUUACCAACCUUACCUACCUAUUAUUUUUUCAACUAUUAGUUUUUAUUAGCUCAAAGAUUUCAGCAUUGAUUUUUUUUAAUUUUAUUUGGAUUCAAAACAGGGUCUAUAAUAUAACCUCUGGUAACUUUUAGAAAUGGCUGAAGCAGGAGCUGAAGUGGUAGACACUAUGACGCUGACGGGACUAAGAAAAGUUUUAAGUAAAUUAAAACUAACUUUUGAUAUUCCGACAUAUCUAAUAGAUCUCCUUGAAUAUACGGGAUUUGAUAAUAUUACUGCCCUAGCUUUAUUUGAAGAAGAAGAUUAUAAAAAACUCGAAGAUUUUGCUAAAAACGAUUUGGCUUUGUUAUUCAAUGAUGAAGAGAAACUAAAUUUUUUUGGUAUAUAUUCAAGAAAUAUACCUAUGUUCAAGAUAGUUGAGGGACACAAAAAAAUUCUCGCAUUAUUAAUAAAAGCAUGUAAAUACAAACUUGAAUCAGAAAAAAAACAGUCUCUGAAUAUUCCUCGAAAAAGAUCCGCAAUUGUGUCCAAUAAUUCAAAUAAGAAGCGCAAAAUUAUAAAAGUAACUGAUGCGUCAACAAGUAAAGAAAUUAUUUCUUCAGAAGAUUUAAAUUCAUCAAGCGAAUUAUUGAUAGAUACGGACGAGGAUACGAUUCAAACUCAAAACAUUAUUGACCACGUUAAACACGUUGUCACCUCUUACCAAAAAAAGUUUCUAAAUACUUUAAAUAAUGAGGAAGAGAAAAAUGCGACUACUUUAGCUUUAGAAAAAAUGAAAGUAGAAGUUAAAGACCAUUGCGCAUUAGUUCAAUGCGUAAAAUGCGAAUUUGUUUCUAAAGCAUAUUGCAAGUUAGAAAAUAAUCGAAAAAAAUGGGUGCUUUCUAAUGUAAAUCGACAUUUCAAAACACAUUUCAAAAAAAAUUCCAAAGCAAAGCAGGUUCCUUUUCAGAACGCGCCUCCAAAAAAUAAAAAAUUAGUCAAUACAAUAAUUUCUUUUCUGAAAGGAAACGAAGAUGCAAAGGAAAUGCAAGAUAAUCCCUCAACUAUACAAAUAACAGAUAUAAACUCGGAUAUAAAUGAAUUAGAGCAGGAACUAGAUCUUACGCAGGUUGUUACACAGCCUCUUAAUAGUGACCACCCGAGUACUCGCCCGAGUACAGACCUCGAUACAGACCCUAUGAUUUCAGGCCAGAACAAAGAUGGCAUUUCCUCAGAUAAUCUCAAUGGUGAAAUCUUGGGUGAAAUAUCGGAAGAAAAUUUUUGUGGGGGCAGAAUUGCUAUUGAGGAGGCCGGAAGCACGGUUAGCAAUUCUGCAAAAAAGAGUGAUGAGUUUGUUGUUGCUCCUCAAAAGAAUAAUCUUACGCCGAGUCUUACGCCAAGCAGAAGAGACAGAUCUUUCACGAAAAGGCAACUAAACUUGGAUGAAAAUCAACUUAAACUUACAUUUUUCUUUGAUUUCUGCGAAAAACUAAAGAAAAAAAUAUCUUCUGACGCUAUCGUUAAUGAACAAUUUCAGUUAGCCUCAAAUGUGGCAAAUGAAACCAUUCCAAUAACUGGCAUGGAAGCUAUGAAAAAGAAUAAAUCGGAGAAUGGGGGGAAUUCGAAAUCAUAUGAAACUCUUUAUGCAAAUAUGGAUAGUGGAUUACCAUCUAUCACAACUUUAAACCGAACCUUAACUAAAUUUGGAAAAUGUGCUGAAGGCGACCUUAAUAUUGACCAGUUAAAACUAUAUCUAGAGAAAAGAGGUUAUCCGCUGAAAGUGAUUAUAUCUGAAGACCAAACGGCAAUUGUUAAAAGGGUUCGUUAUAAUCCUACAACUAAUCAACUUGUUGGAUGUGUUCCCAAAAUUUCUAAAAUAAAUGGUUUUCCAUUAGAAAAUCAAUAUAAAGUGAAUUCAGUGAAAUAUAUAAAAAAUUCAAUAGAAAACACAGAUUGUUCAAACAAUGCUUACGUUUAUAUGGCCCAACCAUUAGUGGAUGGGGCCCUAGCCUUCUGCAUAUCAAUUUUUGGUUCCGACAACCGUUUCACCUCAGAAGAUGUCCUUCACAGAUGGAAAUAUAUCUCAGAUGAAGCCAAAAAGAGAAAUAUAAGUAUCGAGGGAUUUUCAUCAGAUGGUGAUACUAGAUGUCUUAGGGCCAUGAAGUUGCUAGGUGGCGUUCCAUCUCUUUCAACUGUGGAUAAUCCAUACUCGCCAUAUUUCCAGAUUAACUACGCAAUAGAAAAACCCGAGGAAAAACCAUGUGUAUUUCAAGACACUAUACAUAUUGCGACGAAAAUAGAAACCAGAUUGCUGAAAAAAAAUAUUAUUUUGCCGAUGGGGACGUAUUUUGUUUCUAGCGACCAUUUAUCAUCUCUUAUAAAGGAUUUUUCAAAAGAUAAGCAUCUACUAAAUUCCGGUGAUUUAGAAGGACUGGACAAAAUGAAUUUCGAAGCCAUAGAUAAACUGUCAGCUUCUUGUGUUACAGACUUGUUACUCCAAAAUGAGCAAUACAAAGCCACACGACAACUGCUUGUACUUACAAGGGCUAUAUUAGAUUCAUUUAUAGACAAAUCAUUAAAAGUGGAGCGGCGUGUGUAUUUAAUUUGGUACGUGACGUUUUUCAUACGUUUGUGGAGAAACUGGAUAAAACACGAUGAAAAAUAUACUUUAAGCAAAAACUGGCUUACCCUAAAUACUUACACUUGCAUCGAAAUAAAUGCUCAUUCAUUAUUAUUACUUAUUGAAAAAUGUAGAAGCAGUGACACGGCAGAUGCAUUUUUACCUUGGCUGUGCAGUAGUCAACCCUGCGAAAAAUUUUUUAGACAGACGCGCUCUAUGACCUCCACUUAUCUCAUCAUGGUUAAUUUUGAUUUAUUGGACCUUCUUCAACGGCGACAUAGGAUUCAAUGCAUAAACGAUAUUGUAAGCGACGCGAUGAACAAAUCAGGUAAUGAUGCCAAGAACGAUGCAGUGUUCAUAUUUCCGAGAGAAGAAAAUAAAAGACUAGCGACCAAUCCACCUUGUCACAAUAUUCUUCCGACUGUUGAAGAGAUUAAAAUUAUAAUGGAGAAUGCAAAACUUGAAGCGAUUACCAGUGAUUCAACAAAUGUUCCUGAUGAAGAAGCCGAUUUAGAAACAGAAGUUGGACAAAUUGACCCCCAAAAUAUGGGCAAUGAAAUAAACCAAGAAGAUCUGGUAGAAAUUGAAGAAGAAUUGAACAUUUUUAAUGAUUUUCAGAACUUGAAAAUCAAGGACUAUAAUGAUGGCAAAAAUAAGACGCAUUCUGAUAAUUCUCGACUUAGCAUCACAGUAAACAACAAAAAUAUGAUAGUUAGAAAAUCUACUUUAUGUUGGCUAUUUUUCGAUAAGAAGGGAAAACUGUCAUCCGACAGACGAAUACGGUGCAGAGGAAUGAGUAGUAAAGGAGAAGCCUCAGGAAAAACAUUCAAAAAGAUUUCAAGGAAUGCAGGGAAGAGAAUAUUUAAAGCUAAACCUAAGAAAAAAUUGGAAAAUAAUAAGGAUUUUGACACUUCUUCCUCUGAAGACGAGCCUGAUAGCUAUGCAGAUAGGUCUUCAAGUGGCUUGGAAGAACUUACAGAUAAUGAAGAUCUUGAUGAAGAGUUACCAAGUUUGACAAGUUCAAAAGAAGCAAUUUCUGACUUUAGUUGUGAAAACUAUUAUGCUGUUUUAUAUGACACUUGGUAUAUUGGACGUGUUCUAGAAAUUUUAGAUCAAGAAACCUCCAAAAUUAAAUUUCUGAAGUCUGAACUUUAUGAGUAUGUUUGGCCCAGGGAAGAUGACAUACAAAUUGUUGAAAAAAAAUACAUAUUUUAUGGACCAAUAAAAUUAAUUGGCAAUGGACCAUUCCGACUAAAACGGUUUGAUAAAGUAAAAAUUGAAAAAUCCUAUAGGGAGCUUAAAAGUAGAGAACAAGAUUUAAAAAAAUAA